CUUCGUUUCUUCUUCUUCUUCGUCUUCUUCGUCUUCUUCUUCUUCUUCUUCUUCUUCUUCUUCUAGGUUUUCUUCCACCGGAAUGCGUUCUUCUUCUUCUUGCAGGAGAUCCUUCUCGAUAAUUUAAAGCCCUUUCUCGCCUGAAUUUCGCUAUCUUCUCCGGCGAUCAUUGCUUCUAAAUUAAUACAACACCGCACCUUUCUCUAUUUCACUUUGAAUUUUGAUUAAUUUCCUCCAAUUUCUCCCUUUUCCCGAUCGAAAUGCCGGAGAGUUUUGGAGCAUGACGUUUUCUCUUGUGAACGAUGACAGCUUCAUUCGGGGUUUUUGACGAAUCAAAUUCUCCUUCCACAUCGACUCCACCGCUCCCGCCUCACGUUUCUCAGCCUGGUCCGGCUUAUCCCUUGAGCAGGCAAAGAGUCGGCAAUGUUUUUCAACUUUUAGCCCAGAGGGAGGUUUCUCCUCAAACUAAACGAUCAUUGAGGAGGUUUUGGGGAGAUUCUCAUGACCGCCAAUGUGAUCCGGCUGGGACAAGAUGUGAAGCAGCCAGAGAUGCUAAGCGGGGUCUUAUCUCAUGGGUCGAGGCUGAAUCACUACGACAUCUUUCAGCUAAAUAUUGUCCUCUUGUGCCUCCUCCAAGGUCAACAAUUGCAGCAGCAUUCAGCCCUGAUGGGAGAACGCUUGCUUCUACGCAUGGAGAUCAUACCGUAAAAAUCAUUGAUUGCCAAACUGGGACCUGCUUAAAGGUGCUAAGUGGUCACCGAAGAACCCCUUGGGUGGUCAGAUUCCAUCCACUGUACCCCGAAAUUGUUGCUAGUGGAAGCUUGGAUUAUGAUGUUCGACUGUGGGAUGCAAACACUGCUGAGUGCAUUGGCUCUCGUGAUUUCUAUCGUCCUAUUGCAUCCAUAGCUUUCCAUGCCCAAGGUGAGCUUCUUGCUGUGGCAUCAGGUCAUAAGCUUUACAUUUGGCACUACAACAAAAAAGGGGAGACACCCUCGCCAACCAUUGUUUUAAGGACACGGCGAUCAUUGCGUGCUGUGCAUUUUCACCCACAUGCAGCCCAAUUCCUUUUAACAGCAGAGGUCAAUGAUCUCGACUCAUCAGAAUCUGCCAUAACAUUAGCAACAUCUCCUGGAUAUGUGCAAUAUCCGCCCCCUACUGUAUAUUUUGCCGAUGCACAUUCUUCUGAUCGUUCUAGCUUGGUGGAUGGCCUUCCUUUGAUGUCCUUUCCUCUGUUGAUAUGGCCUUCAUUUUCCAAAGAAAAUAGGAGAAUGUCCAUGCAGCGAAUGGAAGCGGAUCAUUCUGUUGGGAGAUUACAAAGAGUUGAUCCUUCUGCUUCAGUGCGGCUUUUAACAUAUUCAACCCCAUCAGGACAGUAUGAACUCGUGUUGUCACCCAUUGAACCUAAUAGUUCGUCUCCAGUUCCAGAAGAAACUGGAACCAAUCCUUACACAAGUGAAAUGGAGACAGAAGUUUCAGAAACAGCUGUGGAUGCUUCAGAGCAUAUGGAAGUGCAGACUGAAGUGAGGAAUAAUCAAAAUUUUCCCUUCAAUGACCCUUGGGAACUACCUUUCUUGCAAGGGUGGUUAAUUGGCCAAAGUCAAGCUAAUCAGCACGCUCUUCGGUCACACAGUGAUGAUGUUCGUGAAAAUUCUUCUGCACCAUCUGAUAUAGGAGGAAUUCAUGCUCCACUUGCUUCAUUAAUUCCUACCAGCACUGGCCAAAGUAGAGGUGGUAGGAGAUCUAGUUCAAGAAAUCGUUCCUUACGUUCUCGUGUGCCUAUGCCUGUGAGUGGAUUAGAUGAAGAUGCUACUAUGAGUAACUCAAUUCCUGACGAAAGUGAUCCACAACCCAUCGUCAGUAGAAUUCAGUCUGAGCUUGCUGCAUCUCUGGCUGCAGCAGCUGCCGCGGAGUUACCUUGUACCGUGAAACUCAGGAUAUGGUCACAUGAUGUUAAAAAUCCUUGUGCUCCACUGAAUGAUGAAAGAUGUCGGUUAGCCAUUCCACAUGCAGUUCUCUGUAGUGAAAUGGGUGCCCAUUUUUCGCCUUGUGGGAGAUUUUUGGCAGCAUGUGUGGCAUGUAUGUUGCCACAUAUGGAAGCUGAUCCUGGAUUCCAAAGCUAUGCUAAUAGUGAUGCAACUGGGGCUGCAACAUCACCUACACGACACCCGAUUUCUGCUCAGCAGGUCAUGUACGAGCUUAGGAUAUACUCUCUGGAGGAGGCAACGUUUGGUAUGGUACUAGCAUCUCGAGCAAUAAGAGCUGCUCAUUGUCUAACAUCUAUACAGUUCUCUCCCACAUCUGAACACUUGUUACUUGCUUAUGGCCGUCGCCAUAGUUCACUUCUUAAGAGUGUUGUCGUAGAUGGAGAGACAACUGUGCCCAUAUACACUAUACUUGAGGUUUACAGAGUUUCUAACAUGGAACUUGUGAGAGUGCUCCCGAGCGCUGAGGAUGAGGUAAAUGUGGCUUGUUUUCAUCCCUCAGUGGGAGGAGGUGUUGUCUACGGGACCAAGGAGGGAAAGUUGAGAAUCCUUCAAUAUGACAGUUCUCAAGCCAUUAAUCAUUCAACGUAUGGGUUUGUCGAUGAAAACACGCUUGAGGUUCCGACAUAUGCCUUAGAAUGCUAGUAAUUGUCAAUGACGACAUGAGAUUUGGCGCAGCUUGACUGGGUGGAUGUGCUUGCGUGCGCUUCUCAAGUAUCCUCAGAGCACAGCUGAACAGAUUGAUCAUAUUCUCAGUAUUAUGCAAAUCCCCUUAUAGAGGCAUGUCAUAAAUUCAGUUUGGCGCACCAUUGUUGUACAAGCUUGUAUUUUUCUGUUUGUAAUUUAAUAACUGAUCUGGUGCUUAGUUGAUUUGAUCUUUACCUGGAAUUUCACACACAGA